CGCCGCCCGCGGUUCCUCUCCUGGCCUUGGAGAGCGCGCGGGGCGCCGGCAGUUAAAGUGCAGCGGGGCAGGGGCCGCCGCCGCCGCUUCUCUAGCUCAGCCUCUGCUCCUGCUCCAGCUCCGCACAGCCCACUGUCCUGUCCAGGCACUGGGCCCAGCUGCCCAGGGUGAGUAGCAGCAGGGUUCGCGCCCCGACCGCCGCCGACUCAGCCCACAACGGCGCCGUCCGCUUCCGGUCCCCUCCGCCCCGCAUGGCCCUGGCCGCAGCCUCAGCCGGCCUCAGGCCGGAGGUUUGACGAUCAAAAACAGCACUCAGGCUGCGCUGACCACAGAGCCCGGAUCCUGUCACAUCUGGGUAUAAGCAUAAUACUCUCUAGGUCCAUCCAUGCUGUCGCAAAUGGAAAAGCGAACCCUCUGUGGAUAUAAGAGAACUUGGACUGGAAGCAUGUGGUGUGUCCUGCGCGGCUGGAGGCGAGUGCACCUGAGCCCUUGGGGAGUGCAGGGGCAGCAGUGGCCCCCGGCCUUCCGUGCUCUGGCCAGUGUGGCCUCCGGGAGUGGAAAUGAGUACAGCCACGUGGUGGUGGGUGCGGGCUCCGCGGGCUGCGUGCUGGCUGGACGGCUCACCGAGGACCCUGAUAAGCAUGUGCUGCUGUUGGAGGCCGGGCCCAAGGACACGCAUGCGGGGAGCAAGCGGCUCUUGUGGAAGAUCCACAUGCCCGCGGCCCUCGUGGCCAACCUGUGCGAUGACAAGUACAACUGGUACUACCACACCGAGCCGCAGGCAGGCAUGGACGGCCGCGUGAUGUACUGGCCUCGCGGCCGGGUGUGGGGAGGCUCCUCGUCCCUCAACGCCAUGGUCUACAUUCGCGGGCACGCCGAGGACUAUGACCGCUGGCACCGCCAGGGCGCCACGGACUGGGACUACGCUCACUGCCUGCCCUACUUCCGCAAGGCGCAGUGCCACGAGCUGGGUGCCAGCCGGUACCGCGGUGACCAGGGCCCCCUGCAUGUGUCGCGGGGUAAGACCAACCACCCGUUGCACCGGGCAUUCCUGGAGGCGGCACAGCAGGCCGGCUACCCCUUCACCGAGGACAUGAACGGCUUUCAGCAGGAAGGCUUCGGCUGGAUGGACAUGACCAUCCACAAAGGCAAACGCUGGAGCGCAGCCUGUGCGUACCUGCACCCAGCACUGAGCCGCCCCAACCUCACCGCCGAGGCCCGGACGUUUGUGAGCAGGGUGCUGUUUGAAGGCAGCCGCGCAGUGGGCGUGGAGUACAUCAAGAACGGCCAGAGCCACAGGAGCCGAACAUGUGGGGAGCUUUCACACAGCACCCUGGGCAUCCUCUUCCCUCUUCCCACGCCGAGGCCACGUUCUCGGGUUCUGUCUGCCUUUGGGAAGGGAAGUGUGACCUGCUGGGCCCGCUGCCUCUUCCAGGCUUAUGCCAGCAAGGAGGUGAUUCUGAGUGGAGGUGCCAUCAACUCCCCGCAGCUGCUCAUGCUUUCUGGCGUCGGCAACGCAGACGACCUCAAGAAGCUGGGCAUCCCCGUGGUGUGCCACCUUCCGGGAGUUGGUCAGAACCUGCAAGACCACCUGGAGAUAUACAUCCAGCAGGCGUGCACCCGUCCCAUCACCCUCCACGCAGCGCAGAAGCCCCUGAGGAAGGUCCGGAUUGGUCUGGAGUGGCUCUGGAAGUUCACAGGGGAUGGAGCCACGGCCCACCUGGAAACAGGUGGGUUCAUCAGGAGCCGGCCUGGGGUCUCCCACCCAGACAUCCAGUUCCACUUCCUGCCGUCCCAAGUGAUUGACCACGGGCGUGUCCCCACCCAGGAGGAGGCUUACCAGGUGCAUGUGGGGACCAUGCGGGGCACGAGUGUGGGCUGGCUCAAACUGCGAAGUGCCAACCCCCAGGACCACCCUGUGCUGCAACCCAACUACUUGUCCACAGAAGCCGACAUUCACGAUUUCCGUAAUUGUGUGAAGCUGACCAGAGAAAUUUUUGCCCAGGAAGCCCUGGCACCGUUCCGGGGAAAAGAGCUCCAGCCAGGAAGCCACGUGCAGUCCGAUGAAGAGAUAGACGCCUUUGUGCGGGCAAAAGCGGACAGCGCCUACCACCCCUCGUGCACCUGCAAGAUGGGCCAGCCCUCCGACCCCACCGCCGUGGUGGAUCCGCAGACCAGGGUGAUUGGGGUGGAAAACCUCAGGGUGGUCGACGCAUCCAUCAUGCCCAGCGUGGUCAGCGGCAACCUGAACGCCCCCACGAUCAUGAUCGCAGAGAAAGCAGCUGACAUCAUCAGGGGGCGGCCUGCACUCUGCGACAAGGACGUCCCUGUGUACAAACCCAGGACCCUGGCCACCCAGCGUUGAGGCAGUCGCUGCCUGAGAAGCCCCCCAACCAGCCAAGAGAGCCCUUGCUCCAAAUGCUCUUUCCUGAAACUCUCUAGAAUGUUAGGGUUCAAUGGCAGAGAACUGGACAAUUUCUUAAGAAGUGAGACCAGUCCGGUCAGUGAGCCAGGCUCCUCUCCCCAUGCCUGGUGCUGUGGGCCUUUGGGGAAAGGCCAGCAUUCUGGCAGGAGGCCCACGGAAGACUCGGCUCCUACCUGGGUCCCCUCCAACCUGGGGGCCUGCUGCCUUCCUCCUUCCUGGUGGGGCUGGAGGAAUGUGUCCUCUCCCAGGCCCCUCAGAGAGCAGGCUCUGUGCAGAGGCUGGGUGCUGCCUGCUCCAAGGGGGCACCCCCACCUUGGGCUGAGCUGUGGCUGAGACCAGGAGGCCUGCCGACGUUGGGGGGUGCAGCCGGGACUUGUGCCUAAGCCUGCAGUGCCUGUUCAGAGGGAGCGCUGCCUGCGGGGUGGGGUGAGGGACAGCACCAGCCUCUCCACUCUCCUCGGCUCCCUGAUCUCACCCCCAGAGGGAGGCAUGAGCUGGUGCUCAGAGGGGCCGGCAGCCCCCUGCCUGGUUCCUACUGCACACAGUCAGCCUGACGAGAGGAUUUCUGGGUCUUGUUCAAGGAGAGAAGUGUCUGCAAAGACCCCUUGCCACUACAGGUUUCACGACUUUGCAUUUUAGACGAGUUUCUUGUUACCAGGAAACCUGGAACCCAGAGCAAACCCCACAUACCAGACCUCGCUCCAUGCCAGGCCGUGAAGACACUUUCCCCCGGCGCUGGGCAAGGCCGGCUCAUUCUCAUUCUCCAGGUGUCCGUGGGAACAGAGCAGAACGGCCUGCGAUGGACCGCAAAGGCGGUCAGUAAAACUAUGCGGCCUGGUCCUGCAAAAAUGCGAUUGAGAGAGAAAAGGAAAUGGUCAGAUUUGAGUUUGGGGUGGUGGAAGAAACCAGAUACAGGCAGCAUUGAAAGCAGUCCUUUGAUCUUUAAAUUUCUCCUAAUUCAAUAAUGUAAUCCAAUAAUUUAUUUUGAACUGAGAUAUCUUUUCCAGACUGUUCUUACAAGGUAAUAAACUAAAUGCAUUUUGGA